GUUACUUUCAAAAGAUAUAUCCUUCAAAGAAAGAGAACAGGAAGAAUUGUUGUUUUACAUAAUUUACGAUGAUGUUCAAACGUAAGUGAUUUUUCCACAACCUAAGUAUAGCGGAAUGGAUGCUCUAGCUCCACUUUUAUUCCCUUUUGUUCAGCUGUACACCCCCCGUUCGUUUACUGAACCAACUAUGUGUGGAUCCCCAGAUUCCUCUUGUAUUUUUGAUCAUUAUUGAUGCAGGGUAUGUUGAAUGUAUUGCUUGUCUGUGCCUCUCCCCCUCCCCCUUUUUCCUGUGCUAUUGUUUCCACAGCAGGGUGUUGUCCCAGGGACACUGCCAGACCAGUUUAAAUUAGCUGCUUUGUCCCUCCUCAAUCUCCCAUCAGCCCUUGCUAUUGUCUGACCCCACCCUUCCUCAUGCUAUAGUACUCUAUGCACCAUUGUAUGUAAAUGAGGCUGUUGGGGGCUUAAAAUAUGUGAGCAAUGUCUAGUAGUGAUGUCCCGAACGGUUUGCCGAACAGUUCGCCACGGACGGCGAACAUAUGAGCUGUUCGGUCCGCCCCCUAUUCGUCAUCAUUGAGUAAACUUUGACCCUGUACCUCACAGUCAGCAGACACAUUCCAGCCAAUCAGUAGCAGACCCUCCCUCCCAGACCCUCCCACCUCCUGGACAGUUCACUAAGAAUGCAGCUUCACAAUGAAUGUAAAAUGGAUGCUGUCCAGGAGGUGGGAGGGUCUGGGAGGGAGGGUCUGCUGCUGAUUGGCUGGAAUGUGUCUGCUGACUGUGAGGUACAGGGUCAAAGUUUGCUCAAUGAUGACAUAGGGGGCGGACCGAACAGCGCAUAUGUUCGCCGUCCGUGGCGAACCGUUCUUUGAACCGUUCGGGACAUCACUAAUGUCUAGUAAAGUCAGUUGCUGUGUUAACCUUCACCAUGUGUCGUCUGGUGUUUGGGGAAAGGGACAUAAUCUGCUGAUGGAAAGGGUGUCUAUGGCUGUAAGCACAUUAGCUUGGUCCAGGGUGGAAAUGGCCCUCGGUGAUCCCAGACAAGCCUCUAUGACUGGAUAUGAAGUGCUCCAAGGUCCCUGAUAACUAAGAGAAAGCAGACUUGGCGGAGGUACUCGGUUGGAGUGCUGGAGCUCCGUUACACUAAGUAAUUUUUACUGUCGUUCUUCAUAGUAUGCAUGUAAAAAUGUCCAUGUAAGGUAUUGACAGAUGCCAUUCUUGUCCUUGUAGGAGUGAGUAAAUUAAUUGUUACUGUUAAAACCACUCCAUGGCAGUUUCAAUGUGAGGAUUCCUUAUUUAGCUACAAGCUAUUUAAAGGGAUAUUAUAGCCACCAGACCAACUACAUCUUACUGUAUUUGUUCCAGUGAGUAAUAUCAUUCCCUUCGGGCUUUUUGCAGUAUACACUGUAUUUUCAGAGAAAAUGCAGUGUUUACAUUACAGCUUAGGGAUAACUCCACUGGCUACUCCCCAGAUGGCUACUAGAAGUGCUUCCUGAGGCAGUGCUGCACAGUGAGCAGCACUGCCAUUCAGUGUCUCCACCCUCUGCAUGCAGAAACUGAACUUUCCUAAUAGAAAUGCAUUGAUUCAAUUCAUCUCUAUGAGGAUAUUCCGAUUGACCAGAACUGUGUUUGACUUGUAUUGGCUCUGCCCCUGGUCUGCCUCCUUGACAGUCUCUGCCAAUCCUAUGGGAAAGGAUUGUAAUUGGCUUACAUAAUCACUUCUGAUGAUGCCAGCUGUAAGCAUAUCAGGGGCAGAGGCAGCAGCUGCAGACUUGAACAAAAGUAAGAUUUUACUAUAUUUAGAGAGGCAAGGGGAUUUUUUUUUGGGGGGGAGGGGGGGGGCUAGAUGGUGGUUUUAACACUAUAGGGUUAGGAAAACAUGUUUGUGUUCCUGACCUGAUAGUGUUUCUUUAUAUAUUUUAUUUUUCACUAUACCGAUUGUGCAGCACACUUAGUACUUUCUUCAGUAUAGUCUAGCCUGCUAUAUGUUUUGUUUUAUAUUCUAUUGCUAUUUCAAUGUAAUUAUUUACAAUUACACACAAAUUAUAUACAAAAUAACGCAACACACAUAUCAAAAACACAUAUUUAAAAAACAUUUUAGUAGUCUACCCAUAUAUGCAGGCAAGCGAUAAUCCGUGGCAUUUUCUUUCAUUUGUUCGUUUGUUUGUUCUUAAUUUCUUUCUUCUCCAUACCUGUGCAUUUUGAAAUAGUUAGCAUUGCAUUUCUGUGAAUUUUUGAUUAUUUUACCAAUCAGUGUCAAAUGAUACAUUUUGACAGGAAAAACAUUCAAAUAAGAUAUCAUUACUUUUUAAAUAAAGAAACCGUGUGUGCACACAAUUUUGCCAUGGAAACCAACACAAGGUUCCUAAUUAUUGCUUCUCUUUUACUGUCUUUGUUACAAAAUUUUAAUUGAUACAUAAUUCCUAUUUGAAUGGAGCAUUACUAAUGUAUAUUUUAGCCAAAUAUUUUGGAAGCUUGCUAUAGAGUGGUGGUUUUGACACUAUAGGGUCAGGCAUACAUGUUUGUGUUCCUGACCAUAUAGUGUUCCUUCAAACCCAUUUUCCGGGUGAUUUCUUCAAUAUAGUCACAAGAACAUUCUUAAAUAAAGAAUUAUUGUAAUUCUUGUGUCAAUAAGUUGUUAUAUACAAUACAGUGUUAUAUACAAUAUAUGUUACUAUGCAAAUAACUUACAUUUAAAAUAUACUGGGGUUUGAAUGCUGGUUAAUUAUCCUUCCUCCUCCAGACAGGUAUCUAUCUGCAUAUGCUACAUACAGCAAUUGUUUGCUAGAGUACCACACAUCACUUUUUAAGUGCAUAUUAAUAUUAAAGGAAAAAAUAUAUGUUUUCCUUUUCUUUUAAUUAAAAUGUCUACGGAAAUACUAGCACUGCGAUAAAUGCCUCUGGAACUGUUUUUUGUUAUCCCUAGGAAGAACUCCUCAUAAUAAAUAUAUACAAAUAUGCAUUUAACUAUUUUAACAUUUAUUCAGUUCUUUUGUUGCACAUGUGCAUUUAUCUGCAUAGUUAAAGAGGCGCUGUCACUUUUGAACUUUUCAUAAAGAAAAUUCAAAUUAGCAACUGCUUUGUCUCAUGUAAGACUUUUUAUUUGACAACCUCUGGCAAUGUGUGCAUCCACAUCUUGCCAUUUUCCAUAAAUGUCACAGUCACAGUGGAUAGCUAGGCAUCAUCUCACACAACAUCCAAUAGAUGCCUGUGACACCUUAUUGCAUGACUACAAGGUUAUCUAUGGAAGAUCUUGUGAUCUUGCAGGAGAUUCCAAAGAUUCCAUUCUAUGCUUUUUGUGCAUGUAUGAGAGUACAAAAGUGAUGAUGGCUAAUGGCAGGUGAAGUCUCCAUCAUACCUCUACAGCCAUAAACAUACAAGCUGACAUGUCACCCUCAGGAGUCUUUAAAAUAAUGCAAAGACCCCAAGAAUGAAAGUGCCAAUGUAAGAUUCUUCUAAACAGAUUUCAUCUUAGUGUAGGACUUUGCACUAACUGUUUUUUGGGGGGGUUUUUGGGGGGGGGGGGGGGUUGGGGGUGGAGUUGUACAUAGUUAUUACUUCAGAAAGCAUUAAAGACACACUAUGGCAUUAGGAAUACAAGCUACCUAUGUUGGCAUCCACCCCCAGUGAGGUUUUAAAAAGUUAAAAUUACUUAACUUUACUCCCUCACCUUUAGGAGCAGCACUGGAUUGAGAUCUAAGUUUGACUUGAUUCUAAGAGGGAAACACCUCUUGUGGCUGUAAGGAAGAAAGUCACUAGAGAUGUGUUUAACCCUGCAAUGCAAACAUUGUAGUUUAUACAAAACGGCAAUGUUUUACAUUGCAGGGUUAAAACAAUAUGACUGCUGACUCCUUCGAUCAUCAAAUCCCAUUACCCUUCCAUUCCCAAUAAGUAACGCAACACCAUGUUAAGUGGGUAAGGGCAACAGCCACAGCUUUAUUUAAACCAGCAUAACCAAAUACCGUCAGCUGCUGGUUUUACCCAGCAGACAGGUACACUUUCAACUUCUUCCAGAGCCUCUUAGCCUGUUCUUCGUCAUCAACCAAAUUCAGGCUGUGACUCCCCAAGCCCGUCUGGGCAUUAUUCAUUUACCAAAAUUGCUGGCGCAGGAAAGCCGCAGCUGUGACAAAAUGAAAAACAGAGAAAACACAAAACAAAACAACAAUUCUAGAACAGAACCAUUGGAGAGGGUGGGUGGGGAAAGACACUGCCAGGCUCCCUCAGCAUUGUUCACUAGUAGUCUGGUAAUUUUACCCAGAAUUCCCUUUCAACUGUAAAACCAACUGUAUACAUUUGGUUGCUAUGCCAACUCCUCAGGGCAGCAAUCAUGCUCCCCCCUCUCUACUCGCUCCGGGGGUUGGCCUGGACUACUGCACCCAAACCACUUCAUUGAGAUGAAGUGGUCGUGGUGCCUUUAGUGGUCCUUUAAAAUUUUGGCCAGUCUAAAUGUUUAUGAUCUAAAAUGAAUGCAUAUAUCAUUCUGGUUAUAUAGUUAUAUAUUUGAGUAUUUUACACUUGUGUAUGUUUCUUUAAACCUACGCAGAGAAUGCCAUGUGCAGAAUAUCCGUUUUCUCAUUAGCAAUGGAUUGAAUAUUAACACCUGUGACAGCUGUGGAAACAGGUAAGUUUGACAAAAUGUGUGUUUGUCCUUUGUGUUCCUCUUAUCCUCCAUUGUUUUUUAUGAGCACCCACAGUCCCACUUAGCCUCACCGCUUUCAGCAACAUUCACCCAGCAAUAAAUGGCCCAUUCAUCCUAGAAGCAUUUACAAAGCCUCUCACAACCUCCAGUUUGGCCCUCAUACUCUCACUAGCACAGCGUACACCCCUCUCACUCUCUACAUUUCCACAUUUCUCAUUCUAUGUGUCUCACUCUCCAUAAUCCCACUAUUACUCCGUGGAGAUUUUUCAGGUUUUCCCCUACAGUCACAUAUGUCCUCUCUCAUUUGCACUCUUUACUUUGUCUCGAGAGUUUCUGGCUGCUUUUCCAAUUGCCGGCGAUAGCGAUAUCGUAUGGUGUUAGUUAUAUAGCUAUUUCUAGGGCUCUAAAGAUUGUACUUGAUGUCAUCUUUUCAAAUUGUCUCUCUAUAACUUUCAACCUGUGAUGUGAUCAUUACCCCAAUGAAGGCACCAUUGGUUUUCUCAUUGACCUCACAAUAAUGGCCUACCAAGCUCGAUAUUAUAAGAUUUUUUUUAAAUGUUUCUAAAUAAACAUGUUUUUUUUUUUUUUUUAGAAAAUAAAAUCGUGAGUAGACUGUUUUGUUUGUAAGCUGUGUUAGGUGAAUAGGAAAUAAUAGACCAAACCUUGUGAAUGAUAACUCUACGAAGAUGUAACACUGAGUAACCUGUAAUAAGUUGCAGAGUGUCCACUCAUUGUAUAGAUCUCCUCAAUAAAGCUAUGCCUGUGCUAUAUUUACUUAAGGGUACCUUUAGGAAAGGAGUUUAGUAAAUGCAAAAAAAAAAAACUAAUUUAAAACACAAACUGCAUUUUUCCAAAAUUUCCAAUAGCAAGCCCUUCAGUAUCAUUAGUUUGAUUGCAAUUGGUGUUAUAUAAAUAGAAUACAUUAUUAAGUAGUAUUUCAUCUAUCACACCAAAAUACUAGGAAGUUGGCGACUAUAACCAGCUAAUUCUAGUUGAAGUGAAGCCAAUCUAGAUAUGUUAUACAGUGUACCUUGCUGGGUAUCAGGGACUUUCCUACUUGAUAAAGCCAUUCUCAGCUGAGCAAACAUUGCAUGCAUACUAAUAUCUAUUUGACCCUCUGCGGCAGCCAUUUCACAGGGGUGAUAGGGAUUAUGUGUUUGUACAUUGGGAAAUAAAGUUGGAGAAUACAAUGUUCACUGCAGCCUUAUGCACACAUGCAUAGCAAAGCUUGAAAGUUCAAAAAAGAUAUUGUGGCAUUAGGCAUCUCUUGUGAUUAGACCUCUGGAGACUGCUUUAGUUAAAUAAGGUCACGUAUGAAGAUCCUAAAUAUAGAUGUUAUGCAAUGCUUGAUAACUGCUCUUGUGCUUGUAUUAAUAUUAUUAUUUAUAAAGUAAACAUCAACAUGAGAAUAAUAUAAAUCAUGGAAGUAUCAAUGCACCAAGAUUAAUCAUUUGCAGGCUAAAGACUCAAGACUCCUAAGAUGAUAUUGAUUGGUAGUAAUAUAUUUUAUUUUCUAGGAAGUAUUUUAAUAUUAUUUAUUGCAAACUGGCAUGGUGAUUACGUAGAUAGAAUUCCUGUGUUUAAGAUGUAUUCUUCACAAAAUGAAUGCAAUCAGACAAUAUAACCAUAAACAGCACAUAACGCAAAAAAAAAGGAUAUAUAUUUCAAAAUAAAAACAUAAGUAAUGUUUGUAUUUGUAGUUCUGUAUGAAUAAACAUGUAGUGAAGGGAUAUAGCAAUGCAUUAUAAUGUCUAAUGGUAAGGCACCAAAAGACAUUUCAUGAAGGUCUUAUACACUCAACAAUCUAUAAAAAUAAACAUUUAUGACCUAGAUUCCAAAGAACUUACAAUUGCUAGGGGAGGUAAAACAAAGCUACCCAUUAUCAGGUAUCCCUUUUAAUCUAACUCUAGUCCCACUUAUUAGAUUGAUCUAUACUCUGAGGAUAUAAAAUGAAUCCAAUUGGGCUGCCACACCAUUAAAGGUACAGGUUCUUCAGAGGAUCUUUUGCUUUAUCUCUCGAAUUCUGUAACAUUCCUUCCGAACAUAAUUGACAAUGUUGAGAGAUAUUGCUCAAUAUGCCCAUAUUUAAAUACAGUAUGUCCACUAUGUAUAAAAUCAACAUGACACCACUUCUGGCUGAGGUAAGAAGAUCUUCUCUAUAGAUGGGAGCACCUCCCUUUGAUUUAUUUGGGAAGAGCCCCCCUUCCUAAAAUCAGUUAAUACCAAAACACUUUUAUCCACAGCAAGCCUUGCCAAUACUACUUUCGUGAUCUGGUGAGAAAACUCUAAAUCAAAUCUUCUCCAAAUUUCUUUGGCAGGAAAAAACAUCCACGAAAAAAAAUGCACACAUUAUCUCAAUCCAGAUUUAAUGUGAGUUUAAAUAUUCCAAAUCUAAAAUUUUACAACCUAGCAGCACACUAUUUCGUGACAAUUCACAGUAGUACACAUAGAAGCACAACUCUGCCCUAGCAUACAACACUAUUACACACUCCAUACCUCUCCCUCCCAGAGGAAGCACAGGAAAAACCUUAAUUGGCAUUCACUAUUAAAUCAUGGAAUUUGGUGAGACAGCUUAAACCCCUUUUUGCGUAACCGUCAAGUUGCUUAAACUACUUCUACCAGCUUCCUAUAAGGAAAUGCAGAUCGCACAUAGCAUGAAUUACUCCCCUGAAAAACAUGUUCUGUUCUCUUAAAUUCAGGGACUUGGUGAGCUGUUUGAAAUGUAGGACAGAACUAACAGAUAAUUAUAUAACACAACUAAUAGGUAGAUCUUUCUGUAUCUUUUCCAUUGUUGGCAAUAUUGGGGUAGCAAAGGAAGAAUGAAGCCACGCUCUGAAAUUACCCCUUAUGAUCCUAACAGCAGCAUGUAAAAGUAUACAACAUUAUUAGAUCACCCCCUUCCCCACUAUCACUACUUAAUACAAAAAAAAAUCACCUUCCUAUUCCAUAUGAAAUGGAUAGAGACCUCACUAAACACCAUGUCAAUUUGGCAAUCACAAGAGAGGAAACUACGCGUGUCCUCUAAGUAAUUCUUACUUUGAGCCAGAGUCAAGACCCGGAAACCUUCACUUGCAUACUCCCACAAGAAAUACCCCAAAUCCAUUAUAUCACCGCAAAUGGGAAAAUCCAGCCUCCCAAACAUAAAUGGGCACACUCAUCCACACCUUCAUGACCGACUUCAGAUACACCCAAAUCAUGAAUUAUGUCACUGCUAUACCACAACGACCUGAUAUUUAUAGAGAUCUUACACCCUUUGAACAAGUAUGUCAGGAUCCGGAUCCCAUCCCCAUGAUACAACAACAGGGGCUCCCUCCACCCCCCUUCAUGUCUAAAUGGGAAUUGGCCAUCGAGGAAACGUUCACGGAAAACCAAUGGCAUAAGGUCUGUGACCUGGUACACCACUGUGCCAUAGCUAGUAAACUAGCUAGAACUAAUGUUCUCACUUGACGCCAGAACUCCUGCAGAGAGCACACAUUGAUACUGAUGGUCUUUGCUGGAGAUGUGGGAGGGAAAUAAGAUCCUUCUUACACAUAUAGUGGGAAUGCCCGAUCAUAGUACUGUUCUGGGAAAAAAUAGCAUCCAUUGUGGACCUGUUUACAGAUAACCCGCCACCCUUCCAACCAACUCCCUAUCUACUACAUCACACAAUAUCCCCCAUAUCCCGAUACAAAUGCUCCCUGACCAUUUGCAUCCUUAACAUAGCAAAAGAUAUCAUACCCUUGUACUGGAAAAAAGACACAGCUCCACCACUGACCCUGUGCAGGGCCGGAUUAAGAGCACGGUGGGCCUGGUGCUGACAAUUAUGAUGGGCCUAAUUACGGAAUCUUAUCGACCAAAAACACUAAAACAAUCAUACCUCCCAAGCGUCAUGUAUCUGAUGGAGAUGGUGCUGGAGGGAAAAUCAUAGGAUGCAGCUAUAAGAAAACACAUACUCUAUGCUAAUUUCUCUCUAAUUUAUGCUUUCAUCUUUCAAGUAAAUCCAUAACCCCUAACAGCAGUGUCCAGUGAAGCAGGAAGUCAAUGGGCGGGGUAAAAGGGUGUGCCACUGGCGCGAAUCACGUGACAAGACCUGCCAAAAGGGGUGAACAUGCCCCAAAAGGGGCAUGUUUUUCCAAAGAAUUGGAAGGUCAGCCUGGCAUGAAUGCAUGUCAGGCUGCCUGCCAAUCCUGCAGGCUGUCCAACUAAGGACAUACUAUGCAGGCAGCACCUUGAGCUUGACAUAAAUGCGUCUAAUGAUGCGCUCACUCCAUUCUUUCUAAGGACUGUCCCCUAGCACUCGCUGGCCCACUUGUCUCCUUACCUUCUUACUAGCAGGCAGAAGUUCCUGGUAUAUAGUCUGAGACAGAGAAAAGAUGUCUGUAGUGAGUGUAGAAGAAAGGGGACAUGCCACAGUGUUAGAAAGACCAACGUCUGCAUUACCUAAACGAACUUUAAUGUCAGCAAGUGCACACAAGUUUUGUUCCCAUACAUCCCUCUUAAGCUUCCAAACUUAAAGGGACACUAUAGUCACCAGAACAACUACAGCUUAUUGUAUUUGUUCUGGUAAGUAGAAUCAUUCCAUUCAGGCUUUUUGCAGUAAACACUGUCUUUUCAGAGAAAAUAACUCCACUGGCUGCUCCUUAGAUGGCUGCUAGAGGUGCUUCCUGGGGCAGUACUGCCUAGUGUGCAGCACUGCCAUUCAGUGUCUCCACCCUCUGCAUGCAGACACUGAACUUUCCUCAUAGAGAUGCAUUGAUUCAAUUUAUCUUUAUGAGGAGAUGCUGAUUGGCCAGGGCUAUGUUGGACUUGUGCUGGCUCUGCCCCUGAUCUGCCUAGUUGACAGUCUCAGCCAAUCCUAUGGGGAAGUAUUGUAAUUUGCUCAGACCACCACUUCUGAGCCAGCAGCUGCAGAAUUGAAUACAAGUAAUAUUUUACUAUAUUUAGGGAGGCAAGAAGGGGCCAGGGUGGUGGUUUUAACAUAAUAGGGUCAGAAAUACAUGAUUGUGUUCCUGACCCUAUAGUGCUCCUUUAAGCAAGAGUAUGUGAAGAGAAGUUAAGGUUGCCACCUUUCUUGGAAAAAAAUACCAGCCUUAAUCAUUUGUAUAAUUAAUUAGUUAUGCGUGACAUCACGUGAUGUAAAUCACAAGGAGUGACAUCAGAGAAAAUUCUGUAAAAUCACCAAACUACUCACAGUUUGAUUCUGCUAUAUAGAUGGAUUGCUCCCAGUGUCUCAGUCUCGCAAGUCACCCAGUGUCUCAGUGUCCCUAUGUAUCACAGUAACAGUGUCCCCAUGUCGCGCAGUUCCCUAGUCUCCCAGUGUCUGUGUCCCCAUUUCUCCCAGUGUCCCAAUGUCUCAGUGUGUCCCCAUGUCACUAGGAUACCAGGGGCACUGAGAGACCCGGGGACACUGAGACAUUUAGGGAAACUGGGAGAAAUGGGGACACUGAGACACUAGGGAAACAGACACUGGGAGACAUGGGGACACUGAAACAUUUGGGGACACUAAGACACUAGGGACACAGACAUGGGAACACAGACACUGGGAGACUAGGGGACACUGGGAGACUAGGGGACACUGACUGGAAGACAGACACUUGGGGACACUGGGAGACAUGGGGACAGUUGUGGACAUAGACAUGUGGACACUGGGACAUAUAGGGACACUGGGAGACAUGGGGACACCAGGCACACUGAGACACUAGGAACACACUGGGAGACAUGGAGACACUGAAACAUUUGGGGACACUAAGACACUAGGGACACAGACACUGGGAGACUAGGGGACACUGGGAGACUAGGGGAUACUGGGAGACUAGGGGAUACUGGGAGACUAGGGGAUACUGGGAGACUAGGGGACACUGGCUGGGGGACAGACACUUGGGGAGACAUGGGGACAGUUGUGGACAUAGACAUGGGGACACUGGGACACAUGGGGACACUAGGCACACUGAGAGACAUGGGACACAGACACUGGGAGACUUGGGGACACUGAGACACUAGGGACACUGGCUGGGGGACAUAGUGUAUCCAUGUCCCAAUGUCUCCCAAUGUGCCUAUGUCUCACAGCGUCCCCAUGUGUCUCAGGGUCCCCUAGUGUCUCAGCAUCCCCAUGUGUCUCAGCAUCCCCAUGUGUCUCAGUGUCCCCUAGUGUCUCAGUGUCCCCAGGUCUCCCAGUGUCUGUGUCCCCAUGUGUCCUAGUGUCUCAGUGUCCCCUAGUGACAGUGUCCCCAUGUGCCCCCUAGUGUCUGUGUCCCCUAGUGUCUAUGUCCCCUAGUGUCUCAGUGUCCCCAUGUUUUCCAGUGUCCCCAAGUGUCUCAGUGUUCCCAGGUCUCCCAGUGUCUGUGUCCUAGUGUCUCAGUGUCCCCUAGUGUAUGUGUCAUCAUGUGUCCCCUAGUGUCUAAGGGUCCCCAUGUGUCCCCUAGUGUCUCAGUGUCCCCAUGUGUCCCCUAGUGUCUCAGUGUCCCCUAGUGUCUCAGUGUCCCCAUGUGUCCCCUAGUGUCUCAGUGUCCCCAUGUGUCCCCUAGUGUCUCAGUGUCCCCAUGUGUCCCUGCUGCCUUUCCCCCCAUCCUUCACUUACCUGAGCUGUAGAGCUGCUGCCUGGACUCUCUGUGCGGUGUAGCUGCUCCUCCACGGAUCAGUGAGUAGCAGAGAGAGGCAGGGAUAUUCUGUAACUUCCUAUCCCUGCCUCCCUCCACACACAGUGACCCCUACUGGCCAGUGCUGGUAUUGCAGAUUAAUUUCCAUUUAUUCUGAGAAAAUUACCUGCAUUUGUAUUGCUGGUAUCACUGCAAUACCGGCAGGGCCAGGCAGCCUCAAAUACCAUCUGUACCAUUAAAAUACCAGUCAGGUGGCAAACCUAAGAGUAGUGUGUAAAAAAAACAAAAAAACAUAUAUAUUUUUUUUUUUUUAAAUGGGCCUAUUCCAUGGGCCUGGGCUGCAGCUCCAUCAGCCCCUAUGUUAAUCCGGCCCUGACCCUGUGGUAUAACAAAAUGGAGGAGCUACAGGCUCUGGAGGAGCUGUGGUAGUCAGUCCAAGACCAGACACAAUACUAGCUGUGCCUUAAAAUACCAGUCAGGUGGUAAACCUAAGAGUACUCUGUAAAAAUGGGCCUAUUCCAUGGGCCUGGGCCUGGAGCUGCAGCUCCAUCAGCCCCUAUGUUAAUCCGGCCCUGGCUUUACUCUCUAACUGAAAAAAAAAACCUAAAUGUCAAUAAAAAAAGAAAUUUACAAAAGAGAAACCUCGCUACACAAAAGUACUUUGGGGAAAAAUAUUUUUCUCACCUGGCAACCUUAUAUUAAUUUACUAGAUAGUUCUACUCAAUCAAAAUUAAAUCCACUUUUAAAUAUACAGACUGGUACUUGAUCGGAGUUAUGGCAGGUCAACCGCUCAUAGCUCCAUAAUACUAAUUUCCCUAUACCAGACAAUUCAAGCUUGUUGACCCCGAUGCUGUGUCAACUUUAUGUUUUUUAUUUUUCUUUCUUUUAACUUGGCUUUUAAACAAAAUGUCAUGUAAGAUGUGUGACAAACGCUCCUUACCCUGGACAUUUGUCACAAACUCCUGGAGGGGCCUGCUAGCUAGUAGACAUGUGCAAUUCGUUUCAGUCUGAAUGUGAAUUUGGACGAAUUUUGAGUCAUUCGGACAUUCGGAUGCUUAACCUAACCCUAUAUUGCCGAAGUGCCGAUGUGCCAAAUUACGGAAGUGCCAAACUGAACCGAAUUGCUGAGGUGCAGAAUUGCCGAAUUUCCAAAGUGCUGAAGUGCUUUGAAUUUCUGAAAAGUCGCAAAACAAGAGGGAGGGAAAAUUACAUGAAUGAUUACAGGGGUAGGGUUAGGAUAGAGUUAGGGUAAGGUUAGGAUUAGAGGUAGGAGUAGGGUUAUGUGUAGGGCUAGGGUAGGGUUAGAGGUAGGGAAUUGCCAAAGUCCCGAAUAACCGAAUUGCCAAAUGUCAGAAGUGCCGAACUGAACUGAAUUGCCAAAGUCCUGAAUUUCGGAAGUGCCGAACCAAACCAAAUCCUCCUGCCCAAGGACUAUGGGCCACAUACAAAGACCCUGUUUGGAAGGUAAAUCUCCCCAGCCACCAUUAGCAGCUUUUCCGGGGUGCCCCUUGUUCGGCACUUUCCUUUCAUUCGAAUGGAGCUAAACACUAGCUCCCUGGUGGCCGUUCGCAUGAAGAAACCCACGAAUUGUCCUCAGCGGUACUUAGCCGCAAUCGUUAUGAAACUAAAUUCGGCAUGAGGACUUCGUGGGUUUCCGGUCAUCUCAGUGGGACUUAGCCGCGAAUGUUAUAGAACUGUUUUUGGCAACUUGGUCCAGGGUUUUGAACAACUUUUGAACAACUUUGAAAUCUGCCAGGAGAGCGAUUUUUUUUUUUAAGGGAAUGUGCCUGAGGCUAAGGGGAACAAACGCUACCUGAGACUCAGCCUGAGCAUCCUGUGUUGCGGCCACAGGAGCUCCUGAAAGUUGACUGGCCAAAGCAUCAAACGCUGUGGAACUGUUUUGGGCAUAGGACCAUGUGUGUGGGUGGUCAGAACUUUGACACGGUGGCAUUUCCCCUACACUGCAUGGAUCUGAGCGGUAUUUGGAAAACUUGGGGACUCAGAUCAGGGCUUUUUAAGGAUGUAAUCUUUGUGGGGUUAUUAUAUAUUUUUAAGCUUGAACCACUGCUUCACUUGGGGUUUGGGAGAACUACACCACAUAUACUCAGGCGGAGUAUAGGGGAUAGACAUGUACAAUUUGUCUAGUUUCGAAUGUAAAUUCAGACGAAUUUCGGGCAAUUUAGACAUUUGGAUGCUCCUGAAUGUCCGAAUUUCCGAAGUGUCGAAUUGCCGAAGUGGUUCAGAUUUCUGGAAAUUGGCAAAACAAGAGAGGGAGGGAAAAUUACGUGAAUUAUGACAGGAAUCUUGACCAAUAAGCUAAUUCCUGGCAAUGGGAGCCCUAUAGAUGUGUAAGUGGCUGUGGUGGCAAUCCUGGCACUGGGAGCCCUACAGAUGUGUAAGUGGCUGUGGUGGCAGUCCAGGCACUGGAAGCCCUAUAGAUUUGUAAGUGGUUGUGGUGGUUAGGGGUAGGGUUAGGUUGCCCUACAGAUGUUCUGAAUUCCGAAUUGCCAAAGUUCCGAAUUGCCGAAGUUUUGAAUUUCGGAAGUGCUGAACUGAACCGAAUUGCCGAAGUGCAGAAUUUUUUUAACUUACCUGAAUUUCCUAACCAAACCACAUUUUUUUCUCAUGCACAUCCCUAAUAGGGGAUGAAAAUGUCCACAAUCUGAAAAUCUCAGACAUGUUAUUUGAAACGUAAUAUUUAUAACUGUCUUGUUUACCAUAUCUUUUUCUGAUAUUUGUAACUAUCUUGUUUACCAUAUCUUCUUGAUUCAUGGCAAUAAAAUAAAUUAAAAAUUAAAAUAUGACGCCAAAAAUAUUAAAAGUUCAGCCAAACCACUGGCAUCUGGACCUUCAUUGAGUGGCUCCAUGGUGUAAUGGUUAGCACUUUGGACUUUGAAUCCAGCGAUCCGAGAUCAAGUCUUGGGGGAACCUAAUUUAAUUUAAGAAAAGGAGAGAAAAAGUGAAAUAUCCUGGUGAAUGUGAGUAAUUGUUCUACUAAUUGGUACUAUCGUAGUUAUAAUUAAGUGUUCUUGCAUAUCAAGACCACUUAAUGUUAUCUCACAUAUAUAUUAUUAAGUGUUCUUGCAUAGCAAACUGUGACUGUGCCUUCAUUUUUAAUACUUCAGAGACAUAAUAUGCAUCAAAAUGUAGGUCUGGGUCUUGUGAUUCUCACAAUAUAAAGCUCUUUUACUGUAGGCUGUAUAGUUUUUAAAAUACGACCGUUUGAAGAUGGCAACCGCCAAAAUACUCUGACCUGUGCCAGGCUGGAGCAGCAAGUGAUGUCAUAGACAGGGCCUUUUGUACACCUGAUAAUGUUUUUAUAAAUGUAUGUUUUAAUGUAAUUGUGAAGCACUUUGGGCAACAACGUUGCAAUUAAAUGUGCUAUAUAAAUAAAUAAUAACAGUUACUCGGUCCACUCCAGUUGUAGACUACUGGUGGAGGCAAGAACACUUCACACAAUUUUCCCAGAAAUUGUAGCUUUUCUAUUUAUUAUUAUUAUUCUUAUUAUAGCCAAAUUUACCACCAUAACUCCUACAGAAUAUUUGAUAGAGUCCUAACCUCAACAUCUGAGGAAAGGGAUUUAGGGCUCAUUAUUUCAGAUGAUUUAAAGGUAGGCAAACUAUGUCAUAGAGCAGCAGGAAAUGCUAGCAGAAUGCUUUGUUGUAUAGGGAGGGGUAUUAGCAAUAAAAAGAGGGAAGUGCUCAUGCCAUUGUACAGAACACUGGUGAGACCUCACUUGGAGUAUUGUACACAGUACUAGAGACCGUAUCUCCAGAAGGAUAUUGAUACUUUAGAGAGAGUUCAGAGAAGGGCUACUAAACUGGUUCAUGGAUUGCGGGAUAAAACUUACCAGGAAAGGUUAAAGGAUCUUAACAUGUAUAGCUUGGAGGAAAGACGAGACAGGGGGGAUAUGAUAGAAACAUUUAAAUACAAAAAGGGAAUCAACACAGUAAUGGAGGAGACUAUAUUUAAAAGAAGAAAAACUACCACAACAAGAGGACACAGUGUCUUAAAUUAGAGGGGCAAAGGUUUAAAAAUAAUAUCCGGAAGUAUUACUUUACUGAGAGGGUAGUGGAUGCAUGGAAUAGCAUUCCAGCUGAAGUGGUAGAGGUUAACACAGUAAAGGAGUUUAAGCAUCAGUGGGAUAUGCAUAAGGCUAUCCUAACUAUAAGAUAAGUCCAGGGACUAAUGAAAGUAUUUUUUUUAAAUUGGGCAGACUAGAUGGGCUGAAUGGUUCUUAUCUGCCGUCACAUUCUAUGUUUCUAAGUAUCAGAUUGCAUCUAAUUAAAUAUGCAAUCUAUCCAAUCAAGGAUUAUUAGAAUUGUUUAAUUUAUCACAUUCUUUAUAUGCAUGAUACACUUUUUAUGUUGGACAAGUACCCAUGUACUUACAUUUCCAAGGUUACUUAUUACUACUCAGUAAAAUUAGAUGUAUUGAUGGUUGUAUGGAAAUCAAAAUGGAUGCUGCAAAAGCUCCAUGAUGUAAGCAGAGUACAGCAUGAUCUAUACAUGUGCUGAUGAUUUAGGGGUACAAUGUGAUGUAUGUGUGUGGGUGGUCAGAACGUUUUCCAACCUGUUGUUCCUACAAACAUCAUACUCUUUAUCCACCUUUUUGCCACUGUUUUUUUCCCACUGCUAAUUGGUCAUUAUUGGCUAUAUUUAAUGUAGUGAGAGUGACAGUCAUUCCUUUUACAUUAAGCAUUGUAAUUAAGCAUCAAUGUUCACACACAGCCUGAUCACUAAGCUAAAAGUAAUGGACAUUGCAUCCAUUGUGAUUAGGCUGUGUGCUUGUUUAAUGUAAUUAAAUGAAAGUCACUUUUAUCACAAUAAGCAUAGCCAAUAAUUAUUUUUAUUUGUCUGAACUGCUACAUAUAAUGAAAUCACUCAUGGAUUUUGCCUUAUUUUUCUUCAAUUGAAGGGCACUCAGUAGUUUAUUUGGUGCCCCUAUUUAUUUAAUUAUUUUAACAUAAACUCAUAGGGUUUUACCUUCCCCCAAUAGACUAGAAGAACAGAGGAAAAGAGCUAGCAUACCCCCGCGAAGAAUAGGUUGGUCAGUCUGGCUUGAAUGCACGCCAGAGGAACUGCUAAUCAUACAGCAAGCUGUUUCAACCCUGCAUGAGCCUAGUACUGUGAGCGUAAGAGGGACACCAGGAAACAAAGUUGGGACGGAUGAACAGGACCUUAAAAUAGGGGCUGUCCCACAAAAAUCAGGACAGUUAGAAGGCCUGAGCUAGUAUACAUACAGCCUAGCCACCAUACAUAUCAUGCUCAAUCCCUAUUCCAGCACCCCGCCAUCUAAAAUGUUCACUAGUUGCCAGUGCCACUGUUUAGGACUCACAGAAGGAAGAUUUAGAAGGUUCAUAAAACUUGUCAAUAAGCUGAACCUUUCCAUAAAUUCAUAUGCCAAGACUGUGCAAAUCUCAUUAUGCAAAUAUAAUGUGCCGCAUAGCAGCAAAGUAGCUAUUUUUUGCUUAAAUCAAUACUUACAUUGGUCUUUUCAUGUUCAGAUAAAAAUUCAGUAAAUUUUGUCUGAAUGUGAGCCUGCAAAUUGUCUCAAAUUGCUAUUCAUCCAGGUGAAGUUAUAUUUUCAUGUGGUUCUAGGAGGAAAGACUACUUGGACGAUAUUACUACAUCUGUUGGUGUUAAAUGGAUGCCUUUCUUCUCCCAAUGUAACACUCUACAAGUCAACAGAGACUACUCCCAUAUCCCAAAUUCUGCUAAAUUCUGCAAUAUGUUAAAAAUGUCAAUAAUCUUUAAGAGCAAGUAUAGCAUAUUUUGCUAAAAUGAGUUACAGGAAAGGAUAAAACUGACUUGCAACUUAGGAGGAGGGGGUAGAAGUUAGAUUUGCACUGUUGCACUAUCGCUGUGUAUUUUGUAAUUCUACAUCCCUUGUGUUAUCUGCACCAUUGCCAAUUCUGUUUGUAAAUGUAAGGCAUGUAAUCUAGAUUGGCCCUAAUUUGUUUCUUGAAAAUUCCAGUGCUUUGCAUUUGGCUGCUCUCCGCAUCAACUGUUAUGAGAUUCUUCAACUGCUAUUGAGUUCAGGAAGUGAGGUUGAUGUGCAAAAUGACAGAAACAUGACUCCUCUUUUUAAUGCCAUCUCUGCAUCAAACUUUCAUGGAGCUAAACUUUUGCUUGAUUAUG